AUGGAUCUCAGCAAUAGCCUUUUUGGAAACACAGCUUGCUCUGCAGAUGGCCAAGCAAUUCAAAACCCAAUGAUGAAAGCAAUCGAACAAAUGAUGACUGGCGGAGCUCUUAAUCAAGUAGAUUCUCAAUUUCAAGCAGACCUUGGCGAUCAUUUUGAAGAUGCUUGGGAAGCUGCUGAACUAAUGCCUCCACCAGACUAUGGCGAUUUUGAAGGGAUGUGGAAAGAAAGUCUAAACCAAGCCUCUGAAAAUUUCGAAGAAGCUUGGCAAGGUGCCGAAUAUACGCGAGACAUCGCUGGAUCCAUUCUAAAUACCUUAAAUCGACAAAAUGACCCUAGAUUCAAAAACUCAGAAUUCUAUCAAUUCGUACAAAAACUUCACACAGGUCAAGCAAGAUUUGAGGAUAAUCAAAUUGUUGAAGAUUUUGGAGAAAUUUGGGCGAACUCUAAGCCUGAAGCAUUAGCAAAUGAGCCAACGUUUGAGCAGGUGUGAAGUGAAAGAAAAGAAGAUGAAUUAGAUGCAGUCAUUGGACAAAAUCCUGAAGUGCAGGCCGCUUGGGAAGCUGCAAAGGAAGAAGCUGAAAGAGCUUGGAAAGAACUGAAUCCUGAAGAAGCAGCACUUGAAAGUGCUUGGGAGGAAGGAAAAGGACAAGAAAACGAAGAAAUGGAAAAAGCAUGGCAAGAAGUAAAUGAGGAGGAAGAAGAAAACUAUGAACAAAUUUGGAAUGAGCUGGGGAAUGAAGAGUACCAAAAUAUGAUGGCAAGCUGGGCAAAAGCUUGGGAAGCACCAGCCAAAGAAGAAUAUGGAUUUGAAGAAAUGAACCCUUACUUAGAUGCAAGCAACCCAUUUGAGAUUGCUAUGAUGAAAAUUAAAGAAGGGAAUACUCCAGAAGCAAUUUUAUGCUUAGAAGCGGAAGUACAAAUGAAUAAAGAAAACUCUGAAGCGUGGCUGUGGCUCGGGAAACUGCAGGCACAGAAUGAUGAUGACACAAAGGCAAUUCAAGCAAUGCAAAGAGGCUUAGAAGUGGAUCCAUAUAACUUAGAAUUGCUAAUGCUAUUAGGAAUCAGCAACAUAAAUGAGAUGGAUCAAGACGAAGCACUUAAAUAUUUACGAGCUUGGUUUGCAAACCAUCCCGAUUACUCCGGUAUCAUAAUCCCUGAAUCUGUGACAAAAGAUGAAUUUAAAGAAAUCUUCCAUGCAGCUAUCGAAAUCCACCCAACCGAUCCUGAUUUAUAUUUGGCUCAUGGAGUUUUACAUUUUCUUGACGGCGAUUAUGUUGAUGCUGAAGACUCAUUUAGGAAAGCUCUUCAAAUUAAGGAAGACGACGCUGGAUUGUGAAAUAAGCUUGGGGCUUCUCUUGCAAAACAACUUAGGCAAGAAGACGCCUUGCAUUGCUAUUAUAAAGCUCUGGAAUUAAAACCUGACUAUGUAAGAACUUGGACAAAUAUUGGAAUUGCAUAUUCAAAUUUGAAAGAGUACGCGACUUCAGCCAGAUUCUACUUGUGUGCACUUUCUCUCAAUAAUGAUCUCCCACACGUUUAUAAUUAUUUAACAACUGCGUUUGUGUGUAUGGAAAGAAGUGAUUUAUUGAUGAAGCUUGAGGCUAAAGAUCCUAUGCUGUUCGCAGACGAAUUUCACAUCAUUAGAAGAGGGGAUCUCCCUAAAACUCAAGAAUGGGUUGAAGACUUUACAAAUUUAACGAUUUAG